AUGGAUUCCAAUUCAUAUAAGCCGAUCUCAAACUUUGUUGACCUUUUGAAUAGUCAGCAAGACAAUGUCUUUGGUUAUGUUCAAGACAAUGUCGAAGUUUCUUCCUCCCAAAUCCCUUUCUUUACCAGUCGAGCGAAGGAAGAAGACAGUCCUGCAGAGCGAGGAGAAAGGAUGACAUGGACACCAGUAGAUGAUAUUGCCCUCAUCAGCGCUUGGCUAAACACAAGCAAAGACCCAAUUGUGGGCAAUGAGCAAAGAGCUGGUUCUGAAGUGAGAGAAGCUAGUCAUUGUAAGCAGAGGUGGCAGAAGAUCAACGAUCAAGUCAACAAGUUUUGUGGGUCGUAUGAAGCUGCGAGUCGAGAGAGAAGUAGCGGCCAAAACGAGACUGAUCACGCAUGGAAGGAGUUGGGCAAUGGCCAGAAAUGGUGUGACUUGUCUGGUUCUAAAACCAAAGGAAGCGCUAAGAGGAGGAAGUUUUUUGAUGACAGUGCACAAUCAUCAAGCUCGCACGCAUUUGAAGCCACCACUGGUGAAGAUAAGCAAGCAACCAUUAGGCCAGCGGGUAUUAAGGCAUCAAAGGGACAUGGUAAGAAGACAAUGGCUGAGGGUAAGGCGCUCGAUGAGGUUCAGAUUAUGUGGACAAUCAAAAAGGAGGACUUGGCUGUCAAAGAGAGGCUGUCGAAGAUGAGGCUUCUUGACUCAUUACUCGCUAAACAAGAGCUAGCUGAGUAUGAAGAAGAGCUGAAGAAGAAGCUCAUUACCGAGUUGCUGUCUAGUUACGGAGUGAAAAUGGAAGCAUCAAGAGUCGAAGAAUCACGGAGUGGAAGCAGCAGUUAA